AUGUCAGACGAGUCCAGAGCCAUUAUAAAGCCUCUACAAUCACUACUAACCCAUCUGAGUGAGAAUCCCUAUCCCCACGUGCCCACCCCAGACGGCUGCAGGAAGCGUGCCAGUGUCGCCGCCAUUAUCCGAAUCCGUCCUGCCUUCAAACCAGUUCUUCCUACCAAUGGCUCGGUUGUAGACAUAAGCGAGCCGCCCUCACCACCUUCUUCUAUCGAAGAAUUCUUCUCUCAAGAAUGGGUUCAAGAAGGGGACCCCGAACUACUCUUCAUCAAGCGCGCUGGCCGUGCUGGUGAUAGAUGGUCUGGUCACACUGCCCUGCCUGGAGGCAAGCGUGACCCUGAAGAUGCAGAUGACCUUGCCGCUGCAGUGCGAGAGACCAGGGAAGAGAUAGGGCUUGACCUAGACACAGCGCAUUGCCUUCGCGCAGGCAAUUUACCAGAACGAUUGGUCACAACAACCUGGGGAAGAGACACGCUUAUGGUGUUGUGCCCAUACGUCUUCCUCCUGACUGGGAAGACAGUACCGGCUCUUCAGCCGCAGCCGACUGAAGUUGCGGCGGUCCACUGGGUACCACUGCGAGGACUGCUCUCCACCACUCUUCGCACAAGAGAGUUUGUAGAUAUAUCAAGUCGCAUGGCCAAGCAUGUCGGUCCGGUCAUCCACAAAGUCCUGCGCGCCAUGAUGGGCAAGAUGAUGUUCAGUGCCGUGAGUCUUGUGCCCUCUGAAUCGGUCUAUGCCUCCUCUAUUCCGGGCUUUAUCCCGACUGAGGGUGGUGACAAUUUCGGCACGGUCUCUGGCUGGGCCCAGGCACCCUAUGGUGUUCCCGAGUCAUCCAAGUCCUUGGCUUUCCAACAACCGAUCCUCCUUUGGGGUCUCACUCUAGGAGUGCUAUCUGACUUCCUGGAUCAGCUGCCACCAUAUAAUGCGGUCAGACUCUGGAAAUAUCCCACCUUUACGGUUCCCGACCUUCGCUUCCUUGUAUAUAUAUUUACACGAAAUCUGCGUCAUAACACAGCCGAGACAUUCUCGUCCGGCUCCUGGGCGAACCAUACAGCCGUCGACGCGACAACAGAAGCGAUUCCUGUCGUACCCGACGAGACUGUACCCACCGUGUCCGAGGCGGAACCUAUAAAGCUAGCACGUCGCGAAUCACUAGACAAACAUCGCGUCGGUAUUGGUGGGCUUGGUGUUGGUCCAAAUCCCAAGCAUGCAAUGGGAAAGAUGCUAGCUGGAUACUACGAGAAGGUCAAUGUCGCAAUUGCAGUUUUCUUGAUUUACCGAACAUUUGCUACAGCGGGUGCAGCAUUCUAUGUAUACAAGUUCUUGCAAGCAAGGAGACAGGCGCGCCUUUGA